AUGGCGGAGGAACUGUCUGCCAAGCGUCAGUGCAGCGAGACGUCCGACCAGAGCAGCAACCUCGACGACGUUCAUGUCCCCGGCGAGAAGCGCGAGUACACCCGAACCCUCACAGGGGUUGAGAUCCACGGCAAGGAGAUGCUGGAGGUCGUCUGCACCAGCAAACCAGACAAGGCCGAAGAGAUGAUCAGCAGGCUCUGGAGGAAGGCUGGCGGCUUGUAUCCUAGGUUUGUUGGUGUUCAUGUGGAGUAUACCAGGGAAGACGAACCUCCGCAGAGAUCAGCAGUUAUGCAACUAUGUGUGGAGGAACUCUGCCUGGUGUACCAUGUCGCAACGGCCACAAAAUGCAAAAAAACUAAGAAGUUGGUGAAGCACUGGCCUAAGAGCCUCAACGAUAUGCUGAAGCAUGAGAAGUUGUUCACCUUUGUUGGUUUCAACAUUCAAGGUGACAAGGAGAAGUUGAAGAUGUAUGGUUUCGAGAUCAACCCCAACAAGAAGGAGGACCAUAAUCUGUGGGGGAUCAGCCCGCUACCAAAUUACCUCAUCGAGUACACAACGAUAGAUGUGUACGCCACCUACAAGUCAUGGAAGAUAAUCGACAACAUCUCCACAGGUCUAGAAAUUUCAAAAGAGUAG